AUGAAAUUAGUCUAUUUUCUUUCUCUCUUGGUCGCUCUGAUAUUCGCCGACUCCACACAAGCCAGUGCCACGCGUCUCGCAAAGAAAUGGAAUAAGCCAUGUUGUCCUAUUUCUAGAUGUGUGUUUAAUAAAGGUGACCAGCUCGUGAAUGCGCCCGGAUUCUCCGGUAACACAUUUAACGGGCUUCUCCAAUUUACACAGUCACCCAACAACACUUUGCAAAUUAGUGGCUUUAUAAAUAUUCAGGGUGCGAUAAACGAAGAAGUUGAAGGUGUCUAUAAUAUUCAUGUGGCCAAUUGCAGCACGGCCAGUACCCCAACACCUGGAGAUCCUCCCACCAUCGAUUUGGACUUUGAGUCUUUUGGCUUGCCAAUUUUAACAUCGGCAGAUCUAGGAAUCAGUAACAUCACAAACCAAUGCUGUUUUGUCGUAGAGGAGUUUGCAGUAUUUCAAGGAUCAAUUCCUCCUAAGGAGAGAAUUUACGGAGUUGCACCAGUAGAAACUGUUGUAGACUGCACAAAUAUUCAUUAG